CGAAAAAGAACGAAGAAGAAGAAGAAGAAGAAAAGAAAUUAACGUCACUCGCUAAUGAAGUUUGACCCUUUCCUCUGCACCUGUCUGGUCUCCCAAGUCAAUCCAUGAAAGCCCAGAAGAAGAUCUUCGGACUCUGAUACCAUUCAGAGCUACUCAGACCACGAAAUUUCUGGUUUUCAAUAAAAUGGAUUUGGAUGAGGAGGAGGAAGUUGGGGCAGUUGAUGGGUCUGUUGAAGUAAACAUGGGCGAUUCAGAAGGAGGUUCCGUUAUAGAACCUUAUGUUGGUAUGGAAUUUGAGUCCGAAGAAGAUGCCAAGAAAUUCUAUACUGAGUAUGCCAGGCGGGUCGGUUUUUUUGUCCGUGUUAUGCAGCGUCGUCGAGGUAUUGAUGGGAGAACUCUUGCCCGUCGGCUUGGAUGUAACAAACAAGGUUUUUCUCCCAACCAUAAGGGGAAUCUUGGACUUGAGAAAAAGCCCAGAGUUAGUGCACGAGAAGGUUGCAACGCAACAAUCUUGGUGAAGGUGGAUAAAUCUGGAAAAUGGGUUGUUACAAGAUUUGUAAAGGAUCAUAAUCAUCCUCUCAUUGUUACUGCCAAUGAGUUUAGCACAGCGGGCGACAAGGAUAAGAAAAUAGAGGAACUUAUGAUGGAAUUGGAUCAUCAGGAUCAACUAUGUGCAGCUUAUCGAGAAAAACUACUCAGUUUCAUAAAUAACGUUGAGGCAGAAACAGAAGAACUUUCCGCAAAGAUAAAAGCGAUUGUUGACAAUGUGAGAAAAGUUGAAUCCGAAACGCAAAAACAUUCUCACUGUAAAUAGCAUUGUAACGGAAAUUAGCUCUAGGAUUAUUUACUUAUGGGUUUGGUUUGUGAAUCAUUGGAACCCAACUCCAUCACCCAUGAAUGUACAGUGUUGAACUCUGUUAGAAUCAGUUUCUGUUGAUUAAAGAAAAGGUCCUUUUAUUUAGCAGUC